GCUGCGUGACCUUGUGACAGUUUCAGCAGUUGUGCGACAGUAGGGAGCCUGAACACGGUGUGGUGGUCUGGAUCUGGGUGGAGUUAAGGAUCCGUGUCACGCACACUGACAACUGGGAAGCACACACACAACAAACAGGUGUCUUCCUCCUCUUUCAGACGCACAGUCACACUUUCGGGGGGCCUCCUGUCCGCACACUGAACGCUCCUCUUUCCUUUAUCUAACUUUUAAAACUCCCCGGAAAUCAUUUCGAAACACAGCUUUCACACAAUGCACGCGGCACAGAAAGACACCACCUUCACCAAGAUCUUUGUGGGAGGUCUUCCUUAUCACACAACCGACUCAAGUCUGAGAAAAUACUUCGAGGUGUUUGGAGAAAUCGAAGAGGCCGUUGUUAUCACUGACCGGCAGACGGGCAAAUCCAGAGGUUAUGGAUUCGUGACCAUGGCAGACCGGGCCUCUGCCGACCGAGCCUGCAAGGACCCCAACCCCAUAAUAGAUGGAAGGAAAGCCAAUGUGAACCUGGCGUAUCUUGGGGCCAAACCCAGGGUCAUUCAGCCAGGCUUUGCAUUUGGUGUGCCUCAGAUCCAUCCAGCAUUCAUCCAGAGACCUUACGGGAUCCCAGCUCAUUAUGUCUUCCCUCAAGCCUUUGUCCAACCCAGCGUGGUGAUCCCUCAUGUACAACCGUCUGCGGCUACAGCAACAGCUGCUGCUGCCACUUCCCCAUACCUUGACUAUACUGGAGCAGCUUAUGCCCAGUACUCUGCAGCUGCUGCGACUGCUGCUGCUGCAGCUGCUGCCUAUGAGCAGUAUCCGUACGCAGCUUCACCAGCACCGACGAGCUACAUGACUACAGCGGGGUAUGGGUACGCUGUCCAGCAGCCGCUUGCCACCGCUGCCACCCCAGGAGCAGCAGCAGCUGCUGCGGCCUUCAGUCAGUAUCAGCCUCAGCAGCUCCAGACAGAUCGCAUGCAGUAAAACCUUUAAGACUACCUUACAGAAAGAAAAGAAGGGGAGGUGAGCUCUUUCCACGAAGAGGGUGAAGGGAGGAGAUGCAGACAGAUUGAGGCUGAUUUAAAAAGAAAAGAAAGGUUGUCACUUCCAGGUUUUAACUAAGCAGAACCUCUACCAAAGAGCGAGAAGACAAUGUUGAGACAAGUGAGGAAUGUAUAUUUUAUUCAAGUGAGAUCAGUAUUGGAUAUAAAUGAAUAUUUAAUAUUUAUUCAGCAGUAAAAAAUUUGUCAGGUUAACUGAAGUUGACUCGCUGGACAUCAAGACAGCUGUUGCUGAGUUUUGUAUAUAUGUUGCAGGGGUAAGUCCAAAGUGCAUUCAUGUCUUAUGAUCAGAUUUCUUCCACGCUAAUUUAAAAAUCAGCGAUAACACCUGGCGACAGUAUGUUACACCUUCAUGCAGUUCUCAGUAUUGAAAUAGUUUCGGACCAUUUUUUUCUUUUUGUUUCACAAAGCUAUCCAGGCACUGAUGGAAACGUCAGUGUUUAUUAAGACUUUAUAUAUAUAUAUACACACACAUAUAUAUUAUUGUUUGGAGUGAGGUAGAUUAGAGACCCUUGGGAAAAGAAAUCCCUUUUAAAAAGUAUUUUUUUUCUGCGGUACAUAAGACAAAAUGCUCUGGUGACAGCUGAAGCUGGUAAAAGCACUCGCGCGUCUUCCCUUUUAAUCACUCAAGUAUGUUCAGCUAAAGGGAAGAAACGCUGUUGAAUGUGAAUCUUUCAUUUUCAUAAAAUGUUUCAUCGUGUGUUUAAAUUAUGCUAUUUAUGUAUUUAUUAUGGAGCCUUACAGCAAUAAACCCUUUGUUUUCAUAUGUUAGUAUAAAAGUCUACUGUGGAACAUGUCCAUGUGUGCUGCUGCAUUUCUCAUGAUCAAGAGCAUAUGAUGGAUGUGAACGCUCGGCUUUGCAAAGCUGUCGUCUGUAUAAAGAACAAAUGAUGAGUGGAAAGGUAGCAGUAACUUUAAAGUGUUUCUUUUUUUCUAUACUGUUCUGUUGUUUUUAUGUUGUCUAAUAGAUUAAUAGCUCUUUAAUGUCACUUUUGAUACUUGACUAAUUUGAUAACUGAGAGGCUGUUUUUAAAAUUGAUCACAUUUUAUGUCUUUUGACAUUAAAGGUUUUCUGAUGCAAGAGCGACAGCUGUUGACCUUGUAAUGCAUGACUCAACUAUACAGAUAUUUUAUUUGGGAAAUAAAUCAAAAUUUACCUUCAA